GGCCCAUCCAGUAUGAGCAGUUUGAAAGCACCAUUGGGUUUAAGCUUCCGAAUCACAGAGCCGCCAAGAGACUGUGGAAGGUCUGCAUUGAGCACCACACCUUCUUCCGCCUGGUUUCUCCAGAGCCUCCUCCUAAGGGCUUCUUGGUGAUGGGCUCCAAGUUUCGGUACAGUGGAAGGACGCAGGCUCAGACCAGACAGGCCAGCGCCCUCAUUGACCGCCCGGCGCCUCACUUUGAGCGCUCCGCCAGCAGAAGGUACCUGCUGUCCAGGAGCUUGGAUGGUGCAGAGUUCUCGCGGCCUGUGUCGUCCAUGUGCGAGAACCACGACGGUCUGUCCCGCCGCAGCGCCAGCGAGCAGCGCCGCCUCCGCAGCCCUUCGGUGGACGAGCAGGAGCAGGAGGCGGAGCUGGAGCCCAGCCUGGAGCAGGACGAGGAUGACAGGGACCCAAAUCAGAGCCAGGACAUGGAGCAGGACAAGGACCAGGACGGCAACACCACGCCGAGCAGAAAGAGGGAAAUCAGGGAGGAGGCUGGCUCCCCAGCUGACAGUAAACAGGAGUUGGACCAGGAGACCACUCCUCGGCACAAAAAGGAGUUUCUUGAUAAAUCUCAGGACGUCUUGCUGAAGCACCAGGCCAGCAUCAACGAGCUGAAGAGGGCCCUGAGGGAACCCAACAGCAAGCUGAUGGCCAGAGAGAAGCGUCUCUCUGCGACGUCUCCGACGGGAACGCCAGAGAAGAAGGCUUUGGGGGGUCGUUCAGUGGGAAAAGACGCUGUUAACAGCCCUUCUGUUGAGGGCUUCGUCCAGAAGGCUCUGGUCACUUCACCUGAGGGCUCUGAGGAGUGGGUAUUGAUUGAAAAACAGCAACCUUAUCAACCAGACCAUGACUGGAGGGCAGAAGAAAAGAAUAAAUCUCACAUAUCCGAUUCCUCGUGGGACAAAAAGGGGCUGGAAAAGGAGAUAGACAUUACCAAAAUGAUACAUAAAGAGGAAGAAGGGUAUAACAGAAAAGAAGUGAAAAGCCAUAUUGACGAAUUUCCCUCAGCAAGAACAUCCAGAGAGGCAGCUGUAUGCUCUGAGACUUGGCCUUCUGCGAUUCAAUUACCUGAGAAUGUAGACUGGUUACAAGACAAAUCUCAAAGUAAACUCUCUCAAGCCUCAGGCCCCAAGGCAAACAGUGAUGCGGCUCCAGGCUCGCGCCAGAUAAAGGAAAAGAUGGGCUCUAAACUGAGGAAAAAAGGCCGACCCCAGAGCCUGAAUGUGGGAAUCCCCGCAGAGCUCAACAGGAAGUCAGGGAGUGAUUCCUCCGGAGAGGAAAACGAAGACUCCGACUCGGACAACAUGUCAGAAAAAACAUCUAAAAGAGGAGAUCAGGGCAAUGCCUCCCCAGUAAUCAUGAGGAAAGACAAUCAGGGACUAACAAAGGAUCAAUUUGUUGGUGUAUGCAAAGACAACAGGAAAGAGGAAUUUGGAGAGGGCAAAGAAGUUUCCAGUCAGGUGAAGCGAAAGGUCAACCAGAUGGGAAUGGCAACCAUUGAUUUAGGCAUGUUAAAUGGACCAGGGAAAAUAGAAGAUGAUAGUUCUUUACCUAGUGGCAAAGUAGAACAUGUGGUGAAGGUACGAGGAAAGGGCCUCAUCGACAACAAAGAGCUAGCGGAGGUAAAACUUCGACAAGUCCGAACGCAUGAAAGAAAGGUCAGCAGCUCUGGUGGUGAGGACGUUGAAGGUUUCUUGGGUGACAGAAGUCAGAGGAUCUCUCUCCACCGGCUGUCAGGCAGCAGCUACCAGUCAGAGAUCACCAGGAUUGUCCCCCUGAAGCCAGAGCGCUCAAAGAGUGUCGCAUGUAAGGACGAAAGGGACCAACUGGGGCAGGAAGAGUUCACGCGACUUGUCAAAAGAGAAUAUCGCUGGUCAGUCGGUUCUCCGGAGGGAUCCUCUGACCUCCACUGGACUGACAUCGCUGGCUUCCACUCAGCCUUCCCCGGAGACCCGGAGGGUUUUGCCAAAACAGAAAAUCUUGACGAAGGCUUUCAGGCCAGUAGAGGCUCUAUGGAGAACCAGCAGUUUAGUUUAAAGGGUUCAGCACUUCCAAAAAUGGCUCCACCAGCUCCGCCAGUGAAAACGCAGAAAGCCAAGGAAUCCGGACUAAUUCUGAGGAAUAGCAGAAAUGCCGGCAGGGAGCAGAGCCUGGAUGCAGCCAAGAAGAGACACUCGGAGCCCGUCUCUACUCCGGCCAUAUAUGAAGAGCCAUUUGGUGACCUGAAGAAAGAGUCCGAGGAGAGGAGGCCUCAGCCAGGCCUCGCCUCGGAGGAGGAGCAGGAGCGGGACACAGUGGCCUCUAUGAGGGACACCCAGCUGGGCAUCGAGCGAAAAUGCUCCAGCAUGACGGUCAGCUCCACGUCCAGCCUAGAGGCAGAGGUGGACUUCACUGUCAUCACAGACCUCCAUUCUGGGACGGAGGACUUUUCCAAGGGUGGGUCCGAGUUCGGGGAGCGGGAGCAGCAGCCGGAGGUCGGACGGGAGGACUUUGAGGAGACCUCCAGGUUCUACUCGGCCCGCUUAAUGGGCUCCAGGGAUAAGUUCCCGAUGGAGGAGAGGCUUCCUGAGGAGGGGACCCAUCAUGAGCCUCCAGUGGCCAGGAAAGAUGCCAGUGCUGUGAGUGUGGCCCACAAGCUGAAGCGGACCGACACCAAUGGAGCCGAGGUUCACCAAAACAUCACAGAUGUUUCACCACAAAGCCCUGCAGCUGUCAGCUCCCAGGAAACUCCUGCUGCUCCCAAAGAAAAUGGCUCCCCUGUAAAAGCCACUUCGCAAGGGAGGGAGUCUGUUGUGUCCCCUCUGACCAUCACGGCUGAAAGCAUCACAUCAGCAACCACGACACAAGUUACCAAGACUGUGAAAGGAGGCUACUCAGAGACCAGAAUCGAAAAGAGGAUCAUAAUCACAGGAGACGACGAUGUGGACCAGCAUCAGGCGCUCGCCAUGGCGAUCCAGGAGGCCAAGCAGCAGCAUCCCGACAUGCUGGUGACAAAAGCAGUGGUCAUCAGGGAAACAGAGUCUCCCACAGAGGAGCAGCGGAGAGCAGAGUCCUGAUCCCAGGACAUGAUGGGGGGGGGCAGGAGAGGAUCCUCCAGCAGAGAGUCUCCUGCCCCACCAAGCAGCAUGCCACCACCCUUCUGCCCCCCCACCCUGUGACACACAGACACCUGAAGAAACUGCCUUCCAUGAAGCAGCAGAUCUCCUCUCCUGUCCCUUUAGACUAAACCAACUGUGACCCGGCCUGGACACCUCCCACUCACUCCUGACCCCCUCCAGGACCAUUCAAGCCCACUAGCUCCUUCGAGAAUGGGAAACCAUCUUCAGUUUGGAAGAUUCAGCGCCGAAUCGGACACCCCCACCACCUCAGAAAUGGAACUGCUUCCUGUUUGAACGACUGCCGUCACUUCCUCCUCCUCGCUUCGGGUUCAAUAAACUGCUGUCUUAUUAGCUUUUUACAUUUUUACCUAUAGAGGAUCUAAUUUAUGUUCUGUGUUUGCCUGUUUAUGAAUUAUAUCAGAUGAUUAUAAUCUGCAUGAUUCAAAUAAUAAUAGCAGAGGGAAUGAGAACACAUAUUAAAGCCCUGCAGAGACGCGGCCCAUAGAAACGCUGACGGUUGGUUGAGCUGCUGGAUCUGGUCCAGCCUCCAGGAACCAAACAUCCUCAUCCCAACAUGACUGUUUAGCUUUAGGUGACGGCAACAAAGGCAGCGCUGCUCACCGUCUUAGGAUUUGUAGAGGAAUUUUUAAUAUAAAUAUUACGUGUUCUAAGUUUUACAAAUUUGAUGGUAUAUUUUUACUUUUUACUUACUUGACUUUGGUUUAACCUGAACUUCUUGUAUUUUUUGAAUAUUGCAGUGAUCUUUUUUGUUCCCUUUGUCUUGAUGCUGAUACACUGGAAGUUAGCGCAUCUUAAAGAGACGUCGCUAGGCAUGGGCCAGUUAUGGCCAUCAAGCUACAAAAGGUUUUAAAACUUUACAGUUUGAAAAAAAAAUAAAACAGUGAAAUUUUCCACCUUUAUGAUUUAACAGAGUAUACUUUUCAAAAUACUUUUAAUUUCAGCCUCCUGGCGCACACUUACAGAAAUGACCAGUUUGGAAACUAAUGCAGAACAAUUAAUCACUUUUAUAAAUCUCAUUUUGUUUUUUACAAAAUAAUUUAGUUGAGAAAUACUUUACUACUUUAAACUUUUCCCACGCUGCCGUCAUAUUCAAGGUUGUCAGGCCAUGAAAGUCUGUCUCCUGUCUCACGAAGAAAGCUGUCCUUAGUUGUUCUUGAGAUUUUGCAGUCCAUAUAGCUCCAGCACUAACUGUAAGCAUAUUUUAUUGAACUGCAGCUCAAAGAAGCCUCUUCCUGCAGGUUAUGCACAAUUUGGAGGUGUGUGCUACUAAUUGCCAGCUGAGAUCCCUUAAUGUUUGUCCAUAUUUAUUUCUCAGAUUUCAUGGCUCAAAACAAACAUUAAUUAAAAGCCUCGUGUCUGUCCAGUAUGAAGUAUGUUUUGUUUAUAUGAAAUGCAACCCCAGAAAAGCCUUUUCUUCCGCGUUAUCUGCAAUUUUGAGGUGUGUGCGCUACUUCAACCCCUUGAAAUAUGUCUACAUUUUGUCCACAUUUAUUUAAGUUCUCUGAUUUUUUUUUUUUUUGAGACAAAACUAGUAUUAAUUGAAAGUCUUGUGUCUGUCCAGUACGCAGUAUGUUCUGGUUAUAUCCUACGAUAAAUAUGUUACUCUUUAACGGAUUCCCUACCAUGUUUAUUCUGCUAACCUUGUACAUGAUGAAUAGCUGACGCAAUUCCAAGUUCUGGUAGGAUAAUAUUAAUCAGUAUGUUAAAUAACAGUAGCGACUGUGAUGGAUCAUAUUAUUUAAAUACUCCCUGAAAAGUUGAAAAGUGACAGAUUAUCGCCGAUGUUCUCUGCUUUCUGUUGGAUUAACUCUCCAGUUAUGCUGUGACUUUGGACUUUUGCUUGAAAGGAGCUGUUCUCCCCAAAGAUACAACACCAUGCAAAAGUAUUCAACCCCCUAGAACUCUCUCACAUUUGAACACAUCUCCACAGUUUAGAGUGCUGUGGUCGUGAUGUGGCAAAAAGGGUCAAACAGGAAAAGGUGGGCGCAAAUAAAGAUGCCCUGUCACACAUAUCCAUAAGUGAGUGACCUUUAAUUCUAUGCAUCACAAAUCAGACAUGAAAACCCCCUCGGAGGCGCCCCUACCCCUAUUAACCCUCUAAGUCUGUGCCGUCAGCCGAGGCGGUGUGGCGAACAGCUUGUGAGGUUCCGCAAUAAGCCGCCAUCUUUCGCAUCCUCUGUCCUCUGAAGGGAGAAAACUGUGAACCCUCACAUGAACCGAAGCGUAACCAAAACCUAGUAAUGAGAAACAGCUGUGGAGCGAGGAGCUUCCCCAACACGUGUGAUCGUGUCAUCGUCCCCACCUGAAACUGUUGACCUGCUGUAGGCGUGUCCAUGGAAACGAGGUUCUAAACCUGCUGACUUUGUAUAUUCUAUUUUACUGUUUUAUUUUCUAUCGGUCACAUGACACUGGACUGUUGUGAGAGCACUUUGCUUCUGCAAACCGCUGCCGAGUUCAGUGAAGGCAUUGAGAAGUCAAACUGACGAAGGUCCGGAUUCUUUGUGUAAAUGGAAUGGAUCAGAAAGUGAUAAUCUAACGGACAGAGGUGCAAUAGAGAUAAGAACACAAAAUGGGUGCCUUAAGUUUUGGAAUUGAUUUUAUGGGAGCACUCAUCAGCUGAAAGCAUCCGAGAUGAAACAAAGCGAACCAGAAAGAACUACUGACUUUAGAAAGUGGACAAGAGGUGAUUCAGAAUUCAGCGUUUUGUUGAAACUGUGGCAGAACAGAUCCUGGAUCAGGAGGUUCACUCAGCGCUGCACCGUUCAGCCUCCACCUUCAGUUCUCCACUGUCGUUUGCUCUACAUUCCCCUAGUGCUUGGUGGUGUGUAUGUCCUGUGUUUGCAUUCAGUUUCGACAGGAAACAAACCUGCAUAAAUAAAUGUCACUAUGA